GUGAGCGGUGGUGCGCGAUGACGAACUAAGUCGAAUUUAAACGAAUAUAAUAAAUUCAGUGACCCGUUUCAUGGUUUCGGAAGUUUCACUAACUGACGGACUCGUUUGUGAUGUGGUAAUACAGCCGCUGGACGUGACUUCGUCAGCGCCAGUGUAAUUUGACUGUGUGUUGUUCCCGGUGGUGUGUUUGCUGAUGAUGACCGCGGAGCUGCUGCUGUCUGAUCUGGACAGCCGCUUCUGCGCUGAUAACUUGCUGACCAGCGAGGACUGGGAUGCCUGUCUUUAUCAGUGUGAGGAUAUGGAGGAGGGGGAAGGCACUCAUUUCACUGGAGAAAUUAAAUAUGACACAUUGUUGGACAGUGAUCUUGUUCUCACCCUUGACCCCGAUAACCCCACAUCACCAUGGAAGAACCUAGACAACAACUUCACAGAUGAAAUACCAGUGACAAAAGGUGAAAUGACAAUAACACAGCCUCUACCAGUGGACAUGUUUUUCCAGGUGAAGACAGAACCUCCAUCACCAGCAUCAUCUCUGACAUCUGACUGCUCCAUACCGUCGUUACCUGAACAUCAGGUGACGGUGAAAGGCGAGAACCCACCCACUCCUCCGUACAUGUAUGGAGAUGUGCUGCUGCCACCACUGGGCGGCAUGGAGGUGACCGUAGCAAACACCACUCCACAGCAUCAGCCUCCACUUCCUGUCCCCUUACAGACUCACACACUCAACGGCCUCGACACACAAACCACAGCGGCGACGUUAAAAGCCAACAGCAUUCUGAGCAGUAAACCUCUGAUACAGCCCAAACCCGUGUGUGUGGCUGCAAUGCCUGUGACUCAAAGCUCAAGUCCAGCUAAAGCCCUCAUCCUGCAGAGUGUCCCGGUACCUGUCCCUGCCAUUGACCCAAACACGACACCUGUGGUACUCUCUCAGUCAGUGUGUCUGGGUUCUGCACCUGCUAUUGUUAAAAUGGAGCCGUUAUCUCCCGGCAUGCCUCACUGCACGAGCCCAUCAGCCCCGCCCCCCAGUAAACCCAUAAUCCCAGCGGCUGCGCUGCCUGCCAACAACUGCACUGAUAUUGACAUGAAGGUUCUGAAGAGGCAGCAGCGGAUGAUAAAGAACCGAGAAUCGGCCUGUCAGAGCCGCAAGAAGAAGAAAGAGUACUUGCAGAAUCUUGAGGCGCAGCUGCGAGAGGCGCAGCAGGAGAACGAGCAACUGCGCAAAGAGAAUCAAUCACUGCGACUGCGACUCGCUGGCAAAGAGGCGAGUGUAUCGGGGAACAAUAAGAGAGCUGUUUGUGUGAUGGGUUUGUUUCUCUUCAUCACCUUUACCUUUGGCCCCGUCAGUCUUAAAGACAGGACACUGGACUCUGGGUUAGAGGAAGCAGCCGUUCCGCUCACAGGACGCCAUCUGCUGGAGUUUGAGAACACACAAGAGAUGAGCGACAAACCUGUGAAUGUGAAAACCACAGAGGAGAGGAUCAAUCGAGAGGACCGAUGGAGGAGAGGAGACCUGGAGAAAGAGUCUGCACUGUCCUAUCAGUUCAGGAAUCAGAGCGGUGUGUUCAGUGAUGUCAAAGAUCUGCUCCUGCAGGAUAUCGAUCGAUACCUCUCCUCACCGGACUGCCGGCAGUUCAACCGCUCCGAGUCCCUCAGGUUGGCUGAUGAACUGCGAGGGUGGGUUCAUCGGCAUCAAAACAACCGCAAGUCUGAUGGAAAACCCAAGAUAGCGAAGAAAACUAAAAUAGCUCAGAAAGCUCAGCACAGGAAGACAAACUUCUCCAGAUACCUGCCGAUUCAGACCCAUCGCUCCAUUGAAAGUCAGCUGCAGGUGUUGCCUGGACCAGAGAUCAGUUACAGUGAUUUUCUUGAUGCUAUUGAUCGUCGUGAGGACACUUUUUAUGUUGUGUCCUUCAGACGGGAUCAUCUGCUGUUACCUGCAAUCAGCCACAAUAAAACAUCUCGACCCAAAAUGUCUCUGGUCAUGCCUGCGAUGGCCAUCAAUGAUUCAGUGUAUAACUCAUCCCAGGGCGGUUAUGAGAUGAUGAUGCAAGUGGACUGUGAGGUCAUGGACACCAGGAUCAUCCCAAUCAAGUCCUCUGUAGUCCCGCCCUCUCUCAGAGACCCACCCCCGUCCCCAACCCCGCACCAUCACCAUGGCAAUCACACCUCCCUCCGCAGCCGACACCACCACCACCCCCAUGGCAACGGACCUUCACCGAGACGGAGGGGAGCGGAUUAUUUCAUAAGUCAGGGUGGAACCGUGUGAGAGGAUCAUUUUAAACGGAGGGUUUAGAAAACCAGGGAUUUUUUUUUCUAUUUAGAAAAUAUACAUACAGGUCUAUAGAUGAUGUGGAUUCAGGACAUUGUUGCUGCCCUGCAUAGUCCAGUGCAAGACGAUUUUUUAUUUCAUCUCCGCAAAUAAUGGGAAUAACUUUUAAACUGACUCUCAAAUCCAAUCUGAUCAUGAUUCAACACACAAUGCACAUGGAGAAGUAGUGUAACUGUCCCAAAUGAUCACAUGAUCAUUAUGAUAUUAGUCCAAAUAAUAUAUCAGUAGGUAAAUGAAGCAUUAUUUUCUCCAGCCCAACAUAAACAGUCCAUUGCACUUAUACGGAUUGUGUGGUGUAUUUUCCACUAGUGGACUGCACAGGGGUACAAAUGGAAAUGCAUACAGUGACCCUAACUGUAAUCGUUGGUGUGUUUUGUGUUCAGGCUCUUUUCCUGUAUGCAAUUUAUCAUCUGCUGUCCUUGUUUUUAUAUGUUGUAUUGUUUGUUUGUUUGUUUUUUUUACAGAUUUUUAUUGAGAUUAUUUAAAGUUGUGCUUAUACCAGGUGCGUGUGAUUUAUAAAUAUUCAUUUGAAUAUAAAACAUAAUUGUGCGUGUAAUCUUGCCCUUCCGCAGUCAGGCAUUUGUACAUUUCCUUCUCUUUUUUCAGUUCUGAAACUGCUGGUAGUGAAUGUUCAGUUUUCAGCAUGAGAGCAUAUGUUGACUUUGAAAAAAAGGUUCACAGAAAUGUCUUGUUAACUAUAUCAACCUGUUUGAUAUUUCAGGCCAGAUUUACAAAAUGAUUUAAUUAACAGAAAUGUUUUAUAGAGCGUAAGUGAGAUUGUGAUUUAGAUUUAAAAUGAUUUGACGUUACAAAUCUUUUGAUUCUGUAAAUGUCCUCAAUGUGUUGCUGCUUUUGUCACAAACCACUAACAUGAUACAAUAAUCAUCUGGCAGAUGCACAUUUUCUGGAGUUUAGAUUUUUAUUUGAGUUGUUUUCUCAGGCAGUGGUCUUAAGUUAAAUUUAAGAUUUCAAGCUGUAUGAAAAAAAUAUUUUAAAAAUGGAGAUGGGAAGGUGUAAUCAGAAAACUCAUAACUGAUUAAAUUACUGUAGAUCACAGGAAGUGUUUCCAUGGAUACUUCGUUUAAUUGAAAUGUCAUAUGUCAUUUGUCAUUGGAUUUAUACUGUGCAACAGGGUUCCAAAAAUAAAUUUGACCAAAUGAGAGUUCAUUCAAAUCUCUUGGUAAACUGUGUCAAGGCUUCACAAGACCUGCAGCUGGAUGUGAAUGUUGCAUUGAAGAUACUUUUAUACAAGAUUUGUUUUUGUUUUUUUUAUCUGUGAAGUUAUCAUGAUGGGGUGUUUAACUUUUGUUGUUUUAACGGAAGAUAAUUUUGUUUUCUGUGAUGCAUGUGUCCGAAACGUUCCCAUGAUGCACUGCUCUAGCAUGUUUCUGUUAUCUGUGAUGGAGGGAUGAUGUAUGUCAUGUUAAAUCUGCUUUUUAUUUUUACUCUGUUUUUUUUUUUAUUUAAAUGAGCUUUGACAAAAAAAAGUGCUUAAUUUUCUCUUCCUGACUGAGUAUUUUGAACUACUGUCUGCAUUUGUAGAGGAAAACUAAAUUUGUUAAAUACUAAUAAAAUCAGCUUGUUGGUUUAGUAUAUAAAUGCAUGUUUCUAACUGUUUACAUUUUCUUUUUUUACUUGGUCAAAGUAGAAAAAUGCUUGUAUAAUUUGACUGGAAAGAGGGCUGAUAUAUUGUUAGCUUCCCUCUUUACUCAACUGCCAGUUUUCAACAACGCCCAGGUUUGCAUAUUCAAAUACCUCUCACACACACCUUUUAGGCACUUUUACACUGCAGUUUACUGCCGCCUCAACGUGGGUGGGAUUAUAGGCUGAUCGUCAUAGUUGCGCCGCCUCUAAUGACGUGACAUCAUUUUAAAAACGACACAAACUGACCAAAACAAUAACACAGCUGUUAGCUAUUAGCUCAUUGUGCUGUAUAAAGCAGUUGUUGCAUGGUGAUUUUACACAAGUUUAAGUUAAAUUGGCCUGGUGGUUUUAGAAGCAAUCUUCCAGUAGCUGGUCAACUAAAUAAAGUGAAGAGUUAACAUAACAGAACACACCACCCUCCAUCAUGGAUCAACGCCAGUUCAGGGCACUCUCCCUCCCAUUGCUCGCCGGUAUUUAAAGCGUCCAGGUUUCAUCUAGGGGUAGAAAAAGUUGUGGCGUUGAGAUUUCCUACAGCAAGAGGGCGCAAGAGAUAAAUUGAAAUACUUAAACACUGUUCAAUGGUAACAAACCAGCUUGGAGAUUUGAGUUCAAUCCAAUGGCUUUCUUUAUUUGCCAACUUUUACCAUUAGUCGACAACACCACCUUUAACUACCUUGUUUAAAGAGCAUGCUAUGUACAAUGUACAGUUAGACAGUCUAAAAUAAAGCAGAAGUGAGUACAUUAUUCCUCUUAUU